AUGAAAUUCGAAAACGUCGCAGUUUUAUUCAGUAUAGCCACGGCAGUUGUUGCUCAUGAAGAGGGAGCUAAGCUCAGGAGAAGUCUUAAUGACAAAGGAACUACCAAUUCGUUGACUUCUAUUUACCAUAGGGAUGUUGGAAAACAUAAGCUUGGAUGGAGAGGUAUUGGUUGGAGUAAGCUUUCUUCAAGGGACAUUACUGAUGAUGGCACUGAAGGGAAUAAUGAUGGUACUGUAGCAGUUGAAGGUACUGAUGGAAGUGAUGUUAGUACUGCAGGAGUUGAAAGUACCGAAGGAAAUGUUGAUAGUGCUGUUCAAAGUACCGAAGAUAGUGAUGAAAAUGCUGAAGGAAGUGACGACGGUACAGGUGUUGAAAGCAUCGAAGGAAGUGAUGGAAAUGCUGAUGGAAGUGGUACUACAACAGUUGAAAGUACAGCAGUUGAAAGUACAGCAGUUGAAAGUACUGGAGUUGAAAGUGCUGGAGUUGAAAGUACCGAAGGAAGUGAUGAAAGUGCUGAAGUAAGUGGUGACGAUACUGCGGUAGUUGAAAGUACUGAAGAAAGUGAUGGUACUGCAGGAUUUGCAAGUGCUGGAAGAGUUGGUAAUGGAGAUGACGAUAAUACACCAGAUGAUAAGGGAUGCAACCGUUAUGGAAGAGGACGUGAUGGAAAGAAUUGUGAUUAUCAAGGUCCUAAACCAAAACCAGGAGACCCAGAUGACAAGGAAGAUGAUAAACAAUGUAACCGUCACGGUAAGAACCGUCAUGGUGACAAGUGUGACUACCAUCCACCUGGCGAUAAUGAUGAUGACGGUAAUGAUAAUGACGAU